GCUCAAAUGGGUAACCAGUAUGUGAAACCAGAACGCACGGGCAAUUCCCCUUAUACCCGGUCCGGAGUUCCACCACCGGCGCUUGUCAAGACUGGUGACAAGCCUCUUCACAGAGUGAAUGACCGCAUGUCUCUCGAGCUCCACAUGGCCGAUGAGCGUGUUCGUGCCGCUGGUUUGAGCCCAGCCGAAAGAGAAUGGAGAAAGAAGUGGGUUCAUGACCAGCACCUUCACGCUGACGAGCCAGUCGUUGUCGAUGCCGUUCAUCGUCAGUUGAACCCAAUCAGAACCGCUUACAGACUUCCAUGGGACAAGUUCUAUCUUCAUUACCUCAAGCCAACAUUCGGAGUUUACUAUGGAACCGCUAUCAGAGUUACAGCUCCAAAAUUGCUCAUGGCUUUCGUCGUUGUGCAGACUGCCUAUUAUUAUUGGAAAUACGAAGUCAAGGACUGGACACAUUUGAGAGGACUUGAAUCGAUGCCACAAAAAGAAGUUAUUGCUAGUGCUCCAGCAAUUGAAGAGAAAUUCCCUGGACUCAUGGAUAAGGGACUCGCCAACCCAUCCAAGGAUGACUACUACACACCAACAUUUAAUAAGCGUACUGCUUACCUCGAUGUUGGAGAGACAAAACGACCGUGGUAAUCGAAAGGAAACGAGUGACAAUCAGUCAUUCGAAUAUGUACUUUUAGGGUGUUGUAGACGAAUUUUUAAAGUUUUUUCUUUGUUUUUGACCCUACCGUAAAUAAAAAAUUUCAUGAAUG